GGCUCGGCACGGCCUACGCAGCGCAGAUAACUCUACUUGCACCUGCUUAUGAUUUACCGCACGGGAUAUCCGACGUUCGCACAGCACAGACGCCCUAGUCCAUCCGAAUCGAGCUAGAGCGCUUCGUCGUCCGACUUUCUCGACGGCGACCCCACCGUCUAUCAUACAAGCCUUGGCCCCGAGCCUCCGCGCCACUGUCCAGGCCCUCCUAGCCGGGAACGUGAAGAAUAUCCGCACGCCCCAAAGGACUUCUUCCAGCGCCCGUGACCCUUCCCAACCUCUUCCCUUCACCUUGCCUUUCCCCGUGACCGUUUUGUUCGCCGUUCUGUCCCUCUCUUCGCCGUCUUUCCUUCCUUCCUACCCAUGACCCAUGCCGCAAGCCCUUACCCUCUUCCCUGUUGACACUUUCCCUUCCUGUCUCCCCCGUGUCCCUGUUUGUCGCUCCUCGUGCCUCUAUUUGUUCACCCCGUGUCCCAUCCUGUCCCCUCCCGGUGACCUCCCCAUCGCACCUCAGAUCGCAUUGUCGUCGCGCCGCGGACCUUAUCUCUAACCUUCUCUUCUCGUCCUUCCAUAGCGCUCUAUAGAGUUCUGACCCCAUACGUCUUGGCUCGAUACAACCAAGAGUGACGCACGCCUGCUGACUCGACACGCACCUCGGUCGCCCAGUCCUAGCCCAGUCACUGGGCAUGGCGCGUUCUGACGUGCGCGGGAUCGCACUCAAGGCGGACGCGAUAGUGCAUUCAAGGCGAAUGCGGCGUAUCAGGGUUUGGGCGUCGUAGCGCCUUGAUACGCCGCCGACGGAGCGAGGAACGAUUCGCGACGCCAGUGGGCUAGCCACCCUUCAUCCUAUGCGCUAUAGAACCAUCUUAGCCUGCUCCAAGUACCCUCUGGCACCUGUUCCCGUCUAUCCGAAGAGACGCGAGCUAAGGGUUUUAUUCUCGGUCCCGCUCGACGUUUGGACUGUGUAGAGAGGACGCGACGAC